CAAAACAACCUAUAAAAUGGGUUGUAAUUCCUCUCCUCGAUAGUCUUGAUUCAAAAAUGGAGCGGAGCAAAUUCAAAAUCCCUGCUAGCUGCUACUCUCCUCUCUUUGUUCCUUCUUUCAAGAGUUUCAUUACUGCUGCCAUGGCUAAGGCUCACCAUCUCUUCAUCUUAUUACUUCUAACCAUGUUAGCUAUAUCUGUAUCGGCACAAGUGUUUGUAAGCAUAGACUGCGGUUCUACGGAUAGUUACGUGGAUGACAACGGGAUCACCUGGAGCAGCGACGAUCUCUACAUUCAGACCGGCGAGAGCCAAACCGUGCAAACGACUGCUGCUGCUUCUGUCUCCAAGGAGAUGACCACUCUGAGGGUGUUCACGGCUCGCAAGAAGAACUGCUACUCGUUCGGGAGUGCUAAUGGAAAAAGGCAUCUUGUGCGCGCAAGCUUCUACUAUGGAAACUACGACAAGAAAUCCUCCCCUCCGACCUUCGAUCUCCAUUUGGACGGCAACCUCUGGGCCACCGUGUUGACGACGGCGAGCAGCAUUAACCCGAUUUAUUACGAAGCAAUAUAUGUUCCCAAGGGGGAUACCAUAAGUGUGUGUCUGGCUCAGACCCAGCCCAAUCAGUUUCCCUUCAUAUCGGCACUUGAAGUUAGGGAGUUGGGUUCAGAAAUGUACAGUCACGUCAAUUCAAAUCAUGCCUUGUUCUUGAGAGGGAGAACUGCUUAUGGAGCCACCGAUAUCAUAAGCUCUCCAGAUGACUUAUACGAUCGUAUUUGGGUUCCAGCCAAGCUUGCUACUGGUUUGAAUAAUGUUACGAAUGAAGCAAUAUUCAUUGCCACCACCGAUGCUGCAGAUGAACCUCCAAAAGCUGUGUUACAGACUGCAGCUACAGAUGCAAACGCAUCUUUCUCCAUUAUCUUAGGCACAAACCUUCCAAAUGCUCAAGUCCCCACCUACAUAAACUGGUACUUUUCCGAGGUGUCUCAGCUGGAUUCUACGCAGAAAAGGUCCUUCCGGGUUUACAUAGACAACACGCCUAUAUCUACCCCCAUAAUUCCUCCUUUGGAGAGUGUCACUGAGAUAUUCAUCGGCAAUAUAACUGCUUCUUCAAACACUUCGGUUUCUUUGGUACCCACUUCCGACUCCACACUUCCUCCACUGAUAAAUGCCAUGGAGGUCUUUCAAAUUAGCGAUCCACUGACUGAUGGAACCAAUAGCAAAGAUGUGGAAGGAUUGGCCCAGUUGCAAACUCAAUUUGACGUACUCCAGGGGUGGAGCAGUGAUCCUUGUCUUCCUGCAACGUUUAGCUGGGACUGGGUUACUUGUAGCUCUGAUGACAGGCCUCGCAUAACAGCACUGAAUCUCGGUAGUUUUGAUCUGAUCGGGUUUCUUCCAGAUUUCAGUUCCAUGGAUGCACUAGUAACCAUAGAUUUGCACAACAACAGCUUGACUGGAGAAAUCCCUGCUUUCCUAGGGACCUUCCCCAACCUCAAAGAGCUUAACUUGGCAGAUAAUGAAUUCAGUGGGUCCAUACCUUCUUCAUUGUCUAAGAAUAGCAAAUUAAAGUUGGUUGUGUCAGGCAAUAAGGACUUGUGUGUCUCCGGCCGGUCAUGUCAGACUUCCGGCAUCGACACCUCUACUGGGAGCUCAGGCAGCAGCAAGAAGAGUAAACUACCGGUAAUUCUUGGGGCCACAAUCCCAGCUGUCGUCAUUUUCUGGGUGAUUGUAGGAGUUCUGGCUAUCUUGCACCACAAGAGAAAGGCCGCUGCUGUAGCAGGAAUGACUACAGCUCUUGAUGCUGGAAGCACACCACAAUCCAUGUGGUCAAAACCUCACGUGGAUUGGUUGAAGACUAAUAUUGAUGGGGCAAUGAGAGAUAAUAAGGCGAGUGGUGCUAUUGUUAAUGGGAUCAUAAUGGGAGUCAUGCAUAUUCUCUUGUUGUUUCCCUCCCUUGUGAUUCGCCUAUUGGGGUGGAAAGCCUGGGCCUUUUUCCAUGAAACCCAGAUUUCCUACUCACUUUUCCUAUCCAUUCUCUAUUUGUCGUGAAUUGCAGCCACACAUCUCUCAACCCAUAAUAGAGAUGUAUGGCUGCAAUUCACGGCGGGUAGAAAAAGUGAGUAGUAAAUCCCGUUUUUUUGCAUGGUGUUAAGUUUACAACCGACUUGCAAUUGAACUCAGUAGCUUUUAAGGGCGAUGCUAAACAAAUUAUUGAACUCUUGUUGGUGAAUUCUUCUCUACCGUGCUGUAUCAACCGAUCGUUAUUGCUUAUUGUAGGAAUUUGUUAUCUCGCUUAUAUUCUUUUUCAGUUUCUCAUGUUAAGUGGCAAGCAAUUAUAGCUGCCCAUAAAGUCUCUAGAAUGGCCAUUGGUUGUAAUUCUAUAGUCUCUAGGCCGAUUUGUCUAGAUUUUUUGGAAGCCAUUGUAUCUUCUAAUAUUGGAAACUGAAAUGAAUGAAAG